AUGUCGAGAAUUAGCACCACCGCGCCCAGACCCGACGCCACGGCGCAAUACGCCUCCAGCAGCCGUCGAUCUGCCGCUCUGCCGAUGCCGCUCUUCGUCGACGUCGUCGCAGCAGCCACCGAGGACGACGCGGACGACGAAACAGACAACCCCGUGAUCGUCUGGCCACCACUGCACGCGCCUCCCACCGGCGCCGUCUCCGUGGGCGCAACCGACGCCGACACAGUCGAACUCACACCCGCAGCGCCCGUCCUAGAGCUUGUCCCUGUCCCCGUUCCCGUCCCCGUCCCCGUUCCCGUCCCCAUCCCCGUCCCCGUCCCCGUCCCCGCAGCCCCCGGAACAUAG